AUGCGCCUCUCCAGCGUCUUUGCCAGGGCGGCACUCGUGUGCCUCCCCGCGCUGUCCCUCACGCAAGCCGGCACCACCAUGUCCUCCCGCUCCCCCUCCCCCAAGCCUCCUCCGCAAUUCCACAACGCGGCCAGCCACGCCGGGGCGGACCCGUACGUGCUGUACGACCGCAAGAGCGGCAACUACUACGCGUACUCGACCGAGGGCGCCGACGCGGGCUUCAACUUUGCCAUCUACAGCAGCCCGGACCUCUCGACAUGGCAUCGGCACCCGGGCGGCGUGCUCAAGGCGUGCUUCGAUGACAAGGGCAACAAGCUCGCGGGCGGGCAGGCGUGCUGGGCGCGCGACUGGUUCUGGGCGCCCGAGACGUACUACAACGAGAAGACGGGCUGGUACUUCUUCAUCUUCGCGGGCCGCCUGCGCGCCGACCUGGCCAAGGAUCACUUCCGCUACUCGGCCUUUGAGGAGCCGUCUAAGCUCGGCGUCGCCGUGUCGCGCUCCCCGACGGGGCCCUUUGAGGAGAUUGAGUCGAAGCCGAUUGACUGGUACCCGUUUGACCCCAGCUAUCACGACGUCAACCUCAUCAUGGACGAGAAGCAGAUGCUGCCGCCGCAGAAGCUGAGCGAGGGCCAGACGGCGCCCAAGGGGACCUACAUCCCCUUCAUCGACCCCAACAUCUUCUUCGACGAGGACGGCCGCAUCUACCUGUACGCGUCGCGCAACGCCUACCGCAACUGGAACUGGGACACGAAGCUGGGCAAGUACAUUGAGGAGUCCAACAUUAUUGUCGUCGAGCUGGCGCGCGACUGGUGGGACGACCCCCAGGCGAAGACGAUGCCCGCCAUCAUCCCCUCGCAGGUCGACGCCCACGCCAAGGACGCGCCCGCGCCGCUCAAGGACAUCGCCUCGUACAACGGCACCGGCGAGAUUGGCAACCCGCCGCGCAAGGACGGCUGGAAGACGGUCAUCUCGUACGGCGCCGACCCGCAGGAGUGGGAGAACUUCCACGUCAACGACUACACAAAGUACAACGGCAAGAAGAAGGACAGGCGGUGGUCCGAGGGCAGCACCGUCAUCCGGCGGCCGGACGCGAAGACGGGCAAGCCCAUCUACCUGCUGACGUACAGCGCCAACAACUACGAGGCGUCCAACUACGGCGUGGGCUUCGCGACGGCCGAGUCCCCGCUGGGGCCCUUCCGCAAGUCGUCAAAGAACCCGAUCCUGUCGCAGGAGCCCGACGGCGCCCGGCCCAUCUUCUCGACCGGCCACGGCAGCAUCGUCGCGUCGCCGCCGCCGCCCAGCCACGACGAGGGCGGCGAUCCGCAGGAGGUGACGCUGCGGACGCGCAAGGGCGCGGAGCUGUUCUACGUGCACCACGCGCGCAACAGCACGAGCAACGGCCGCUCGCUGUACACGACGCGCAUGAAGCUCGACGAGGCGGCCGUGCGCUUCGGCUCCGACGACGCCCUCAGCAUGUCCCUGACGGCGCUGGACCAGCCCCUCCCGCGGGACUCGUACCCCAUCCAGAUCAAGGCCACCUGCUCCAAGGACGACAAGGGCGCGCCGCGGUACGACGUCCGCGUCGUGUCCAAGCCCGGCGCCAAGUUUGACAUUCGCGAGGGGUCCAACCGCGUGGUUCAUGCGUGUAGGAGCCAGCUGGCGACGUCCAUCGUGGACGGCAAGGAGGAGGGCGAGUUUGUGCUGAGCUUUGGCGAGGGGGGUGCGCGCUCGGGGCUGGCGUACCAGCGGCAGAACGUGGAUGGCAGUUGGACGACGGUGGCCAAGACCUGCGCCCGCUGCAAGGCUUGA